AGAGUGUCUUUUCACCAUGUAUCAUCAUCGCACACAGGACAUUGCCAGCUCCGAAGCGAGAGAAAGCGAAAAUACCAACGCAUCCAGGCCUACUGUUUCAACUUCUGUCAUUAGUCUCUGCUCCACGUCCCAACGUUCACCAUGAAGAAAGUGGAGAGGAUCCAACAAGAACUGUCAAAGUUCCAGUAUGUCCUGUUUACGUUUUGCGACAUCAAUGGCACUUCUCGUGGGAAGAUUCUUCCGGUUCGCAACGCUGCCAGUUUUGAGAAGGGUGUAGCUAUGCACGGUGGAUCAAUGACGAUAGGACCCAAAAAUGACGUGGUAUCAGCCUACAACUCGGGUAACAUGGUUAUUGUUCCUGAUCUGGACACACUACAUCCACUUCCUUGGGCUGGCAAUGGCAAGUUCAAGGUUGCCGAAUUCUACUGUGAAACAGCAUCGAUGCCAAGUCGCAAAUACCAGGAGGCCUGUCCCAGAUAUAUCGCCAAACGACAGUGGCAGAGGCUGCAAGACAUGGGAUAUGAUUCAUUUUCCGGAUUCGAAAUGGAGUUCACGUUGAAGAAUCGACAGACGAAAUCGCCAUUAUUUGAUGGGCUUGAUUACUGCAUGAACAAAACCUUUAGACGAGUAGAACCAUUUCUACUCGAACUCGAUACGCGGCUCUCCGAAUCUGGCGUGGAAAUCGGCGAAUUACAUGUCGAGUAUGCUCCAGGUAUGAUAGAAUGUGUCAUGAAGCCGCAGUGGGGAAUCAAGUGUCCAGACUCGACUUUUGGCUUUGUCCAAGGUCUUUUAGAAAUGGCCGAACAGCAUGACUUGUUGGCGACGUUUGUUUCAAAAUCAAAUAUGACAGAGGGUAGCAUAGGUUCACACUUUAAUCUCUCCUUGUGGAAUAAAGAAGCAAAAGUCAACGUCUUCCAUGAUGCAACACAAGCAGACUGUUUGUCAGAGACCGCGCGCUAUUGGAUUGGUGGACUGAUGAAGCACGCUGGGGCACUGACAGCUCUCUGUUCUCCAACAGUCAACUGCUACCGCCGCCUGUUUCAGACUCGGACGCCAGGCAAAUGUUUUUGGGGCAUAGACAAUAGAUAUGCAACAUUUCGUGUGAAAAAUGACAACAUGAAGAACACCUAUAUUGAAAACCGAAUUCCCAGUGGGAAAUGCAACCGAUACCUGGUAUAUGCAGCAACGCUUGCAGCUGGUAUUGAUGGUAUUGUCAACAAGAUAAAAUGCCCUCCUGCUAACGACGCCAGUACUCCAGAUCUCCCAUCAUCCCUAGCGGCUGCCUUGGACGCCCUGAAGCAAGAUGACGUCAUGGUGUCUGCGUUGAGUCAGCAGUUCGUUGACUGGUUUAUUCAGCUCAAAAUGGAAACUGAAAUAAAACUUUUACAAGAAGGCGCUGCACCAAAAGACGACGAAAAGAGGUUACUGAUGGAAACAGAACUGUAUGAGUAAUCUUUGUCCCAUAUACAUGAAUUAUUACUUCUGCAUUUGUAAAAAAUGAUUUGGUAUUAGGUGAGUGUGGAUGAGCUCCUCUCCAACUUAUUUACAUGACUCGUGCUAUCAAAUACUGGUUUAAAUUAAUACAGCUUCCUCUUUUCAGACUGCCCAGACAGAUUUAUGUCAUGCUUAAGUCUCAUACUACUUGGGCGACAGACAUUAAAAAAAUUCUUUUCAAACUUGGUUUUGGAUUUGUAUGAAUAAGCCAGGAUGUGGGAGACAUCAGUAGGUUUAUUAAUGUAUUUAAGCAAAGACUAUGAUAUUCUACAAGAAUGGGCAUCCACUAUUAGCGGUUCAGAUUCUUGCUAUUAUUAUAACCAGUAUAAAUCUCUAUUAAAUGUUGAAUGUUAUUUACACAUGAAUAUUCCCUUGAGAUUCCAAAUUGCAUUAUCAAAAUUUAGAUGUAAUAGUUUUGGUUUAUGUGUAGAUACAGGUAGAUUUAAUAAUAUUGUAUAUCAGAGAAGAUUAUGCACUUUUUGUCAAGAUAAUAACCAGGGUUUUUUUUAUUGAAGAUCAGCUCCAUGCAUUAUUUGUAUGCAAAAAAUACAGUUAUUUGAGAAAUAUGUACAUUUUACCCUUUGUGAAUGUAAAUGUUGGUCUACCAUUAACAUUAACAUUAACAUUAACUUCAUUAAUCUGAUGUCAUCUCAAAACGAAAUUUGUUUACUAAAUUUAUUAAAAUUCUUAUACUAUGUAUUUAGAUUGAGAAUGAAUGGUGAACUUUUUUUACACUGAAUAUUUAUAAAUGCACUGCCUUACUAUUACUAUAAUAUAAAAUUAAAUGGCAGACCGUUAUGUGACUAAAUCAUGUAACGCAUGCUCUUAAAUUGU